GUCACAGCAACAAGCACACAAUCUCUAGCUAACAGCAAAGCAACGACCUACACCGAGCUGACGACGGCCAUGGCGUCCGGGCAGGAGAGCAGGCAGGAGCUGGACCGCAUGGCCCGCGAGGGCGAGACCGUCGUCCCCGGCGGCACCGGCGGCAAGAGCCUCGAGGCGCAGGAGCACCUCGCCGAGGGGCGCAGUCACGGCGGGCAGACCCGGAGCGAGCAGCUGGGGCACGAGGGGUACAGCGAGAUGGGGAGCAAGGGCGGGCAGACCCGCAAGGAGCAGCUGGGCCAUGAGGGCUACAAGGAGAUGGGGAGCAAGGGCGGGCAGACCCGGAGCGAGCAGCUGGGGCACGAGGGCUACAGCGAGAUGGGCAGCAAGGGUGGGCAGACGCGCAGCGAGCAGCUCGGCCACGAGGGGUACAGCGAGAUGGGGCGCAAGGGCGGGCUCAGCACCAAGGAGGAGUCCGGCGGGGAGCGCGCCGCCCGCGAGGGCAUCGAGAUCGACGAGUCCAAGUUCAGGACCAAGUCCUAGAUGCCGCGCCUGCUCCGCCGUGUACGUGCGGCGCCGUAGCAUGUAGCUGCAGGCAGGGUAGUGUGGUAGUGUUAAGCCUAGCUAGCUAGUCGAAGACGUGCUGCUCUCGUAGUCGUAGGGAGCUUGAGAUUGGCACGCGUGUGCUCUGAAUAAUGCAGAGUCGUCGCGGCACGCAUGUAGGCGGUCAUGCGCAUGUGUGCGUAUUGUCAUGCGGGCUUUGCUUCAGCUAGGUGUAGUAGUGGUCAGUGUCUUGUCGUCCUCGAGGCAGGCUUCUUCAGGCUUUGUCCCCUUUAGUCGAACAGCAGCCUGUGUUGUUUCUUGUUUGGACCUCCUGUUUUACUUUGGAACUUCUU